AUGGUACCCUGUACCUUCGACCAGAUGGUGUGGGGGUUUUCUUGGCAAAACUGCGGUAAACAAGAUGAUCCUGCACAGAUGAAGAGUCUCAGUAUUUCUCCAGAUCCCAUUUCCAUCCCGGGACAGUUGACAGCAGCGGCAUCGGGCUCCACAUCAGUAGCGCUGACAUCUCCUCUCUCGGUGAACGUGACGUUGGAAAGAGAAAUAGCUGGUGUGUGGGUGAAAAUACCAUGCCUGGAUGAAAUAGGAAGUUGUCAUUAUCCUAAUGUCUGUGACCUGCUCGAUCAACUCAUCCCGCCAGGACAGGAUUGUCCUGAGCCUCUGCACACAUACGGCCUGCCCUGCCACUGCCCAUUCAAAGCUGGUGAUUAUUCUUUGCCAUCAUCAGAUAUCGUCAUACCAGACGUUGAACUGCCUGGCUGGCUGACCAAUGGCAAUUACAAAGUACAGGGCAUUUUAGGAAACUCUGAGAAAGAACUGGGAUGCCUCAAAAUCAGCUUCUCAUUGCAUUCCUUGAAGAAUUAA